UCAGGGAUUCCGAGUCUCGCGCUGUGGGGAGGAGGAGGAGGAGAGGACACGCUCGUGCUCAUCUAAACACUUUUACCUGUUUUCUGUGGGAUUAAAGUAUCAGACGAAGCAGCGAGCGAUGCGCCGGAGCCCUCAGUGAGAUCAGUCUCGGAGAGCGUGAGAAGAGGUUUGCGCUGGCCGGAGCGAAGGACUCGGAUCUGGACAGACUGACGGGCCGGCGCCGGAGAGCAUGACGACAGACGGAGUGAUCGUGAAGGAGGGAUGGCUGCACAAGCGAGGAGAGUAUAUAAAGACAUGGAGGCCGCGGUAUUUCUUGCUGAAGGAUGACGGUACGUUUACGGGUUAUAAGGAGCGACCGCAGGACGCCGAUCAGCUGGAGACGCCGUUGAACAACUUCUCUGUGGCUCAGUGUCAGCUGAUGAAGACGGAGCGGCCCAAACCCAACACAUUCAUCAUACGCUGCCUGCAGUGGACCACGGUCAUCGAGCGCACCUUCCACGUGGAGACGCCCGAGGAACGGAAGGAAUGGACCAAAGCCAUCCAGACUGUGGCGGAGCGUCUGCAGAAGCAGGAGGAGGAGAUGGAGGCGCACAUGGAGACCAAACCGCCACACAAAGUGACUAUGCAUGACUUUGAAUACCUCAAACUCCUGGGAAAAGGCACUUUUGGGAAGGUGAUUCUGGUGAAGGAAAAAGCAACGGGAAAAUAUUACGCCAUGAAAAUCCUCAAGAAAGAAGUGAUUGUAGCCAAAGAUGAAGUGGCUCACACACUCACAGAGAACCGUGUGCUCCAGAACUCCAGACACCCCUUCCUGACGGGUCUGAAAUACUCGUUCCAAACCCACGACCGGUUGUGUUUCGUCAUGGAGUACGCCAACGGCGGAGAGCUCUUCUUCCACCUGUCCCGGGACCGUGUUUUCUCGGAGGAGCGCGCACGCUUCUACGGGGCCGAGAUCGUGUGUGCGCUGGAUUACCUGCAUGCGGAGCGAAACGUGGUUUACAGGGACCUGAAGCUGGAAAACCUGAUGCUGGAUAAAGACGGUCACGUCAAGAUCACGGAUUUCGGCUUGUGUAAGGAGGGCAUCACAGACGGAGCCACUAUGAAGACCUUCUGCGGGACCCCGGAGUAUCUGGCCCCUGAGCUGGAUCCUCCGUUCAAACCGCAGGUCACCUCAGAAACAGACACCAGAUAUUUCGAUGAGGAGUUCACCGGACAGACCAUCACCAUCACACCACCGGGACAAGGUGACAGCUUGGAGCCGUUCGACAGCGAGAGGAGACCGCAUUUCCCACAGUUCUCUUACUCCGCCAGUGGAACGGCAUGAAAGCGGACAUCUUCAGGCAGACGUUUCACACGAGGUUCACAGAGACUGCUCCGAGAUCAGCGUAACGGGAGACGUUCUGUGAUGUCUGUCCUGAAAUCAGCUCUGCUUCUGUGGCCUUGAAUCAUCAAGAGAGGGAACGCUGAAACACAUCUCCACUCAUACUGCCCAAUUAAUGUCCAUUAAUAUAGCGGUGAGAGAAAUGGAUUGCACAGCGCAUCUUUAGUCUCGUGUUGAAGUAUCAUAGCUAACGUCAUGCCAAAUAUUAUUUCAU